UUUCUUCAAGGAUUUGCCCACCUCAGAGGUUAAAAAUGUCAUCCAAACAAGAAAUAAUGAGUGAUCAGCGGUUUAGACGAGUUGCAAAGGACCCAAGAUUUUGGGAAAUGCCAGAAAAGGAUAAAAAAAUUAAAAUUGACAAGAGAUUUCAAGCCAUGUUUCAUGACAAAAAAUUCAAGUUGAACUAUGCUGUAGAUAAAAGAGGACGCCCCAUCAACCACAGUACUACAGAAGACUUGAAACGUUACUAUGACCUUUCAGAUUCUGAUUCAGACCUUUCUGAUGAAGAUAGCAAAACCCUGAAACAAAAGAAAACGAAGAAAAAAACUCAGACUAAAAUAGGAAUUGAUUCAAAAAAUCUAGCAGAGAAGAUAAGGAAAGACACUAAGAAAAUUAAUCAAAAGAAUUCUGAAAGUAAAAAUAAAUUACAUACAUCUGAAAUAAUUCAGAAAGUGAAAACCUCUAAGAAGUUAGAUUCAAAAACAAGUGCUCAAAAGGAUAGCAAAGAAUUUAGGCAGAAAGGUUCAAAAGAGGGAAAAACCAUUGUUCAACAUAGUAUGGACUGUUUUCCUAAUGAAAAACUAAAGAGAGUUGAUUCAGCCAUCACCGAAGUUGUGAAAUCACCCAAAGUCAAGUGUUUGGAGAAAAGAGAAAUGCAAUCAGUGGUUCCACUCAUAAUGGCAGGAAACGAUUAUGAAAAGUUAACAGAAGGUAAACAGUUGGAUGAAGAUUCUUUGGCAGAAGAUUCAGAAAGUUCUAGUGAAAUAUCUGAUGAGGAAUCUGAAGAUGAAAUUACAGGAGUUGGUAGAACUUCAGAUGAUGAUGAAAGUAACAAUGAUGAAGAGGAGGAUAAAGAUGAGGAUGUUGAAGAUGAUGAAAGUGACAGUGGCCCUGAUCUUGCUAGGGGUAAAGGAAAUGUAGAAACUAGUUCUGAAGAUGAAGAUGAUGAAGAUUUACUUCCUGGAGAAUCCACUUUUGAGCAUGCUUGGAGAGAAUUAGAUAAAGAUGCUCCUCGGGCUGAUGAGAUUACACAUCGAUUAGCUGUGUGCAACAUGGACUGGGAUAGAAUUAAGGCAAAAGAUUUGCUGGCUCUCUUCAAUUCAUUUAAACCUAAAGGAGGUGUUAUAUUUUCUGUAAAGAUAUAUCCUUCAGAGUAUGGAAAGGAGAGGAUGAAGGAAGAGCAAGUUCAAGGACCAGUGGAGUUAUUAAGCAUUCCUGAAGAUGCCCUUGAAAAUGAUUGGGCAUCUAGAGAAAAACUGAGAGAUUACCAAUUCAAACGACUGAAGUACUACUAUGCAGUCGUCGACUGUGAUUCUCCUGAAACAGCCAGUAAAAUUUAUGAGGAUUGUGAUGGCCUGGAAUUUGAAAGUAGCUGUUCUUUCAUAGAUCUAAGGUUUAUACCAGAUGAUAAUACUUUUGAUGAUGAGCCCAAGGAUGUAGCCUCAGACGUGGACUUAACAGCAUAUAAACCAAAGUAUUUCACAUCUGCUGCCAUGGGAACAUCAACGGUGGAGAUCACUUGGGAUGAGACAGAUCAUGAGAGAAUUACAACACUUAACAGGAAGUUUAAAAAGGAAGAGCUUUUGGACAUGGAUUUUCAAGCCUACUUAGCUUCCUCUAGUGAGGAUGAAGAGAAGAUAAAGGAGGAACAACAAGGUGAUGAUGAAGUCAGUGUAGAAGAAGAUGAGAAAACAAAGAAAAGUCAAAAGGAUGAUGAAGAGCAAAUUGCCAAAUAUAGGCAGCUCUUGCAAGUUAUUCAAGACAAAGAAAAGAAGGGCAAAGAAAAUGAUAUGGAAAUGGAAAUUAAGUGGGUUCCAGGUCUUAAAGAAAGUGCAGAAGAGAUGGUCAGAAACAAAUUGGAAGGAAGAGAGAAACUGACCCCUUGGGAACAAUUUUUAGAGAAGAAGAAAGAGAAAAAAAGACUGAAAAAGAAACAGAAGGCUCUUGCCAGUGAGACCAGUGAAGAUGAACUUCCCGCUGAUGUAGAUAUGAAUGACCCCUACUUUGCUGAAGAAGUUAAAAAAAUGGGUGGAAAGAAAAACUCAAUGAAAUCUGCAAAAGAUGGCACAUCUUCUGAAGAAGAAACAGAAAUAGAAAGGCAAAAGGCUGAAAUGGCGUUGCUCAUGAUGGAUGAGGAGGAGGACAGCAAGAAACACUUCAAUUACAGCAAGAUUGUGGAGCACCAGAAUCUGAGCAAAAAGAAGAAAAAACAGCUCAUAAAAAAGAAGGAAUUAUUGGAGGAUGACUUUGAGGUGAAUGUUAAGGAUGUACGAUUUCAGGCAAUGUAUACUUCCCACUUGUUUAAUUUGGAUCCCUCAGAUCCUAAUUACAAGAAAACAAAAGCUACGGAAAAAAUCCUUGAGGAGAAAGCCCGGCAAAGAGAACAAAAAGAACAAGAAUUUACUCAGGCAAUAAAGAAAAAAGAGAGUGAGAUUACAAAGGAACCACAAAAGAAGUCUAUUGAUCCUUCCUUGUCAAUGUUGAUUAAAUCUAUAAAAACCAAAACAGAGCAGUUCCAAGCAAGAAAAAAACAAAGACUCAAAUAA